AUGGCAGCUCUCCCUCUCCUCCUCCCUCAUUCCCUCCACCACCGCCGGCAACUUCCUAACCACCGUAAUGUUUUUCCUACUCUUUCAUCGCCGCAACUCCUCCGUCUUCAUCCAACUCUAACCUGCAAGAAACGGAGUUUCACCACUACAGGCGCAGGUUACAUAACAGGUCCGGCCUCUGAUGCAAUCAUCGCCGCCGAUGAUCCGAAGAUAGAGGAAGUUGAUACUGGUCCGGAACCGGUACAACGUUUUAAUGCCAUAAGCUUGGGGCUAUUAUUGAGGCUUCUAUCCCGCCAUAAACUGAGAGUUGCUGCUUCGAUCGUUAGUCUCGUAUGCUGCACCACUUGUACUCUUUCAAUGCCUAUAUUAUCCGGGAGGUUCUUCGAGGUGCUAAUAGGUGCAAGAUCGGAGCCUUUAUGGCAGCUUCUCAGCAAGGUCGGAGUUCUAUAUACCCUGGAGCCAAUCUUCACAGUUAUUUUUGUUGUAAAUAUGAACACCAUAUGGGAGAAGGUUAUGUCAAGCUUAAGAGCUCAAAUAUUUGGCAGCGUAUUGAUUCACAAGGUGGAAUUUUUUGACAAAUAUAAGGUUGGCGAACUCACUGCUUUGUUGACAUCUGAUUUGGGUUCGUUUAAAAACAUUGUGAGUGAGAACAUUUCAAGGGAUCGUGGUUUCAGGGCACUAACUGAGGUUAUUGGGACAAUGUGCUUGCUGUUUGUGCUUGCCCCCCAACUUGCACCAAUUCUGGGUGUACUUAUGCUUGCAGUAUCUAGUUUAGUGGCUGUAUACAAGAGAUCAACUGUGAAGGUGUUCAAAGCCUAUGGGUCGACCCAAGCUUCAAUAGCUGAUUGUGUAACUGAAACUUUUUCUGCAAUCCGUACGGUAAGAUCAUUUGGUGGAGAAAAACGUCAAAUGUUAACAUUUGGUAACCAGGUUCUUGCUUAUCAGAGCAGUGGGAUCAAGCUUGGAUUUUUUAAGUCUAUCAAUGAAUCAAUAACUAGAGUUGCAGUAUAUGUAUCUUUGCUGGCCUUGUAUAUUCUUGGAGGAAGCAAAGUUCAGGCGGGUGAGCUCUCUGUGGGAACUGUUGCUUCUUUUAUCGGAUACACUUUCACUUUAACAUUCGCUGUUCAAGGACUGGUUAACACAGUAGGGGAUCUGAGGGGAGCUUUUGCUGCUACAGAGAGAAUUAACUCCGUCUUAUCUGAGUCAGAAGUUGAUCAAGCGCUAGCUCAUGGUUUAGAAAAAGACAUCAGGCAAGAAGUAGGGAUGGAUGAUAGCUUAAAAAUGUUUUUCAUCAGUGACCCCAAUGAUAAAAGGCGAUCUCAGAACAUGAGGUACAUGUCAUCUUUAACAGCAGCCAGCAGUGUUCGUAGUCUUGCACAAUCUGGUGAUAUAUGUCUUGAAGGCGUGCACUUCUCGUAUCCCUUGAGGUCUGAUGUAGAGGUCCUUAGUGGUCUUGAUUUGACACUAAAAUAUGGAAGUGUUACUGCUCUGGUGGGCUCAAGUGGAGCUGGAAAGAGUACCAUUGUACAGCUUUUGGCACGGUUUUAUGAGCCUACACAAGGUAGGAUAACAGUUGCAGGAGAGGAUUUGAGAACAUUUGAUAAAAGUGAAUGGGCCCGGGUAGUCUCCAUAGUCAAUCAAGAACCUGUUCUUUUCUCCGUCUCUGUGGGAGAAAACAUUGCAUAUGGGCUCCCGGAUGAAAAUGUAUCAAGGGAUGAUGUUAUAGCGGCAGCCAAAGCUGCCAAUGCUCAUGAUUUUAUAGUAUCACUCCCAGAGGGUUAUGAUACACUUGUUGGUGAAAGAGGAGGUUUGCUAAGUGGGGGUCAAAGGCAGAGAGUUGCUAUUGCUAGAGCCCUGCUCAAGAAUGCUCCUAUCUUGAUACUCGACGAGGCCACCAGUGCUUUAGAUACAGUCAGCGAGCGCUUAGUCCAGGAUGCUCUUAACCAUCUAAUGAAGGGAAGGACAACAUUGGUGAUUGCUCACAGAUUGAGUACAGUUCAAAAUGCAGAUCAAAUUGCUCUGUGUUCCGAGGGGAAAAUUGCAGAGCUGGGCUCUCACUCCGAGUUAUUGGCAAGGAAGGGCCAAUACGCCUCUCUUGUUGGCACACAAAGGCUUGCAUUCGAGUGAGAAACAGUAGCAGGCUAUCUUUACUUGGUGUAAACCAUGUAUAACACAUUCUACUUGCUUUCCCACGGUUCAAGAUUCCAAGAGGUUUGGGGAUAUGCUGAUAGAGAACAUGCAAAGCUUCAAUAGUGAAGGAUAAUAACAAAAAUACAAAUGUCAACUGUAAGUACUAGCUUGCGUGAUAUUGUACAUCAACAGAUGCUAUGACAACAUUGAAUAGUUGUGCCAUGAAGAAGCAUAAUUUGAAAAUAUUGAUAUUGAACU